GCGUAUCCCUCCGCCGCGGCCGCCCCCAUCGCUGGGCUCGCAGCCCCACAGUCCCCGGAUGGAAACUGUUAUGGCCGCCAACAGCGACUUGCCGGGCUGCGAGGGCGGGCGAGGCAGCAAUUUGCCCUGUCAGAGAGAUGGUAUCUGACCGCCAGGAGCUCUGGUUCUGUGGGUGACUGAAGAUCUAGUUCUGUGAGUUCCUGCCUGUGCCCAGACCUCUGUGCAGAUAAGGGCACUACUCUUGAGUUUGCAAACACAUGUAGGAUGGGACCAGACCAUUUUUCACUAUUCCUCCUCACUGUGGCCUUUUCUGAGUUUUACAUAUUUACCUCUUCUGUGUGUGUGGGAAAAUGUCAAGGCUGAUGAAGAAUUGAAGUCAAAGUCUUUUCUUAAUGUGAGAAUAAAAUGGGGAAGUUGUAGAACCUUGAGAAUAACUCGGCACAGCAGUCCUGUUUGCUGCUGGAACUAAGACUAGUAUCAAGAAUUCACUCAAAGAAAAGGAAAACCUAAAAUCAUGCCAUCUGAAAAUGAACAGUUUUUUCCUGAUAAAAAGGAAAUUAAUUUGUUGAAACAAAAUGCUGCAAAGAAUUCUUCUACAAAUACUGCUUUUGAAAAAGCACUGGUGAAUCAUCCCUUAAGUAUGACAACUCAGCCAGCAAUUUUAAAUGUCAAUCUUUCUUACAAACUAAAAAAUGUGAAAAUCGAUUUACCCAAGGUGAACAUUCCAGAUGAAGUAUUAAUGAAACAUGAAGUUGAAAGAUUUAGAAAACUCUUUCAGUGUAAACAGCAAACUGCAAGGAAGUCCUUAAGUCUAGAGAAAAUAAAUGGAAGCAAUCCCAGUUGUUCAGAGGGAAGCCACUUGCAAAGUAAACCAGAAGUGCAAUUUGAAGAAGGGUUGAAAACUACAGCAAAGAUACUGAAUUUCACUUGUACAAAGUGCAAAGAUAACAUUAGAUACAGCCCGAAUGAUCUACAGAAACAUUUUCAGCUGUUACACUAUGGCGAGUUGCCUUUGUAUCCUUGCGAGAUGUGUAGCUUCUCAGCAAAUGACUUUCAGUCAUUUAAACAGCAUAGACGCACCCACCGUAGCACUUUAGUAAAAUGUGAGCUCUGUAAUGAUGAGCAUAUGUACACUUUGUUGGCUUUGACAAAACACUUUACAUCAAAGCAUUGUGUAAAUGGCCACUUUCAGUGUGAAAAAUGUGGGUUUUCUACCAAGGAUGUGGGCACAUUUGUUCAGCACAUUCACAGACAUAAUGAAAUUACUUAUCAAUGUGGAAAAUGCCAUUACAUAAGCUUUUCAGAAGUGGAGUUUCAGAAGCAUCUUCUUGUUCAUACCAGCAUGUUGCCUUUUGGUUGUCAAUACUGCAGUUACAGAGCAUCACGGAAAGAUUAUCUUGUAAAGCACAUCAUAGCUUUGCAUAGAGAUCACUUAUAUGCAAAAGAAAAACUGGAAAAGGAUAAAUGUGAAAAAAGACUAGUGAAGACUCCAGCAGGACUCAAGCUUGUGUUAAGAAGGUAUAAAACGGGAGCAUCGAAAAAAGCACUGUGGAGACGGAAAAAAAUAAGCAGUGGAAGUGACAAAACUGGAGAAAAAAAUGCACAAGUGCUAAGAAGCGUGAACAAAAUUCAAAUCAAAUCUGAGGAGCUGAACCAGUGUAUGAGAGAUGUGGAAGCAAAUGAAGAAAAAGAUGAAAUUAUAUACACAGAAAAGCAUAAUUUAAUGGGUGGAAUGCUCUCUGCUACUACUGCACAAUAUAGUAAAGCAGAUGAUGGAACAAGUUACAGCCUGGGAUUAUUGAAAAAUGGUGUUCAUGGGCCAACGGUAUUGAUGGUCAAAAACAAUAAAAUAUCUGUUCCAGCAAAUUACAGUGCUAAAUUUAUGGGAUUUAAAAUGGUAGAUGGAAAACAACAUAUUGUUAUAAAAUUAUUACCUACAAGUAAGCAAAACUUACAUUUGUUAGGUCAGAAAGCUGAUCUUAUUCAAGAUGGUUCUACAACUCCUUUGCUACAGACUGCUGAUCCCUAUGGCUUGUGUUCAGGUGCUAUGCCACAUGUAACUGAUCAGUCAACUGUAAAGAACAACUCUGUUCACCCAUUAACCUCCCCUCCAUUUUCUUGUUCUGCUCCUCAUUCAGGAAAAACAAAAGUGGAAAAACAAAAUAGCUCCUUAUUGUAUGGUAGGAGUGUUUCUCAAACUGUAGCACCUUCUAAUGUAGCUGUAGGAAAAGGUUUGAAUUACUUGCCAAUGAAGUUGGACUCAAAUGUACCUCCAUGUGAUGAGGUGACAAAAGUUGGAACUCGAAGUAAUAUCUCGUGGGGAAGCUAUAGUUCUCCAAGUCAUCCUCAGGUAUUACCACCCACUAUUACAAAUACACGUCACUAUGACUCUAUGAAAAUGCCCUUCUUUCCUGAACUGAAACUACAAAACGGUGGCCUGAAUAAUAGUAAUGGAACUAAUAAUCUGUAUUUUUCAACUUCAGUGGAUUCUUCUAAUGAAGGGUUGCUGUCUUUUCAUAACUAUUCCAAAAUGAACACUUCAGAUAAUCCAUGUAGCAUUUGGAUGUCGUCAGAUGACAGAUGUAAAGAAUUUUUAUCUAGCAAAACAGUUUCUUUUCAAAACAGUAGAAGAACUGAAUCUGCAUCUUCAUAUUCUGAAUUUAUGAAAGGCUUAGCAGAGAAAGUUGUAUCAGCUCAGUCAAAUAUGAAUAAAACUUAUGGGCACACUAGCAGUAACUCUGUGUCUUCUAAAAGCCAGUCUAAAUGUGUUGUUGGCAGUGAGUGUUUUAUGGAGGACCAGCAUAAUGGCCAGCAAUAUUUGGACACUAACAUGCAUCAAGGCUUUGAGAACGUAGCUGAGAAAUUCCAAGAAAAUGCCUCAGAUUGUGUUAACUCAGUCUUAAUGCCUAAAAUCACAUCUGUUUUCUCAUUGCAAAGUGAACAGGCAACUAAUUAUUUAUCACCUGAAAUAAAGCAGGUAUUGCAAGAUGUGUUAAAAGUGAAAGCAACUACUCAGCAAGAAUCCCACAGCAAGUCAAAUAACUGCCUAAAACUUCAUUCUGACAAGCUACUUUCUGGUCACAAGAAGGGGAAUAAAGCCUUUACACAUUUAAAAAGUUCGGGAACUGCAUGUGGUUUUCAGAGGCUUCCUACUAAUGUAGACUUUCAUUUAUGUAAGAGAGAGUUGAACACAAGAUGUAGCACAAAUGAAGGUACGCGUUGUGGGAGAGAAGCACAGACACCCAGAACAUCAUUUGAUUCACGGAGAAUGGAUAAAUUAUCCAGAACUCCAGGUGUUGGUACGUUGCUAAAAACUCAUACAGAUGCAAUCAUAACACAGCAGUUGGUAAAAGAUAAAAUACUAUCUGCAACCCAGAAUCCUAGUAGCUUUUCACCAGUUCAGGAACAGAAGAAACCCCUUUUAGUUCAGUCCUCUCCAUCAGGAUUUUUUGUUCCUUUGCAUCUUGCUAACAAGCCUGGGCUACAGGUGGUUUCAGGAAAAACUCUUCCAUCAACUAGUUCGUCAGAUGGGCAUGUGACUAAAGGUGUACCUGCAUCCUUUGUUAUAAAUAAAGGACCUGGAAUGAUUUUGACUUUCAGUGGGGCAAUUGGAACAGUUGCCAAUGUCCCUAGUGAUACUUCUCAGGUUUUAGGGAGAGUUGCAUCCAGAGAAUAUGGCAAAAUAACCAUACCAGUUUCAAAAAUGGAGGGGGAAAAGGACAGUUUUGGAAGUGUACAAAGUUCCUGUAAUAGGAGAGCAUGUAGAACAGCAAAUGACUCAUUGAAUAACGUGUCAUUUAAAAGACCUCUAGUAAUUACAAACUUAGUGGAGUCAUCUGUGAAAGGAAUUUCUUCUGUGAAGGUGUUACCAGAGCAUCAGGAUGCUGUCUUUGGUUCCUUGGAAUCAGUAAACCAACAAGAAAUGAAACAGAAACAACAUGUUUAUGCCCUUUUGCCUGAUGGACAACAGGCAGUUUUUCUGAAGUGUGUGACGCCAAACGAGCCUGUAGUUCAUAAACAUAAUGUUUUUCAGGAUAAUGCUCAUUAUCAAAAUAGUCAACCAAAGAAAACUGGAGCCAUGCAACAAAAGCUUUUGCUGAAAAUUAAGACUUCUGCUUCAGAUAUGCUGGCUGAUACCACUCGGUCAGUAAGCAACUCAGUGCCCUCACUACAGUUCGAUAACUUGCAGUCCCUUACUUCUGCACUAGCACGGAAACAAACUACUAAUCUUACUUCUAAUGAUGCCUUAAUCUUACCAGGUAGCUUAAUGCCAGCAAAUGCCUCUUUGGCAAGCUCUAAUCCAGCAUGUUGUGUUCCUCCUGUAGAACCUGUCUAUUCUGUUAAGUCUACAGGAACAUGUUUGCAAAAAGGUUCUGUUGAGAGUAGGCAAGUAAUGACUGCUAACAACAGGAGUAACUUUGACAGUCAGAAAUCCACAUGGAGGACUCGAAACAGAACCCCAAAAGUAAAACCUCGUUUGAAAAAAACUGCGUCUAAAAGUUCAGAAACUGUGGGAAUACAAAGAAACAAGAAUUUAAAACGGAAAAGUAAGGUUAAUUGCCCAGAACCUCCAAGAAAGAAAGUAAUGUUGCACAGAAAGUGUAAGGAAAAAAAUCAAGCUGAAGUUGCUAGUCAGUCAGGUGGCCUGAGGGCAUCAAAAGAAACUGUGAGGAUUUUGAAAUUGCUUCCUUUUAGUUCUAAACAGCUUGUAAAAUGCCCUCGGAGAAAUCAACCAGUUGUUGUGCUUAACCAUCCUGAUGCAGAUGUUCCAGAAGUUGUAAAUGUGAUGAAAACCGUUGCUAAAUUUAAGGGACAUGUUCUUAAGGUUUCAUUGUCAAAAAGAACUAUUGACGCACUUCUGCAGCCAGCCUUCUCCAAUCCUUUAGAUGUAACUACUGAUGGUCUUUCUCAAAAAAGGCACAGGACAAUAAAACCUAUUAGCCCUGUAAAAGAAAGAUUUGUCUUAAAACUAACACUGAAAAAGACUAGCAAAAACAAUUAUCAGAUUGUGAAAACUACCUCUGACAAUACCUUGAAAGCUAAGUUUAGCUGCUGGUUUUGCGGUAGAAUAUUUGACAAUCAGGAUAAUUGGGUAGGGCAUGGACAGAGGCAUCUGAUGGAGGCUACUCGAGAUUGGAAUUCAUUAAUGUAAUUAUGACCAGUGAAGAAAACUUAAAUUUUGUAAGUUACAGUUUUUAAAAAAGAGAAUCAAUUGAAUUGGGAUAUACAAGGAAUUUUGUAUUUCAGUAUUGUUAACUGAAGUUUAAAAAUUAUGCAAAGUGCUUGUAUUUAAGAAGGAAGAGCAGAUUAUUGCCAUCAAGCUUUGAGACAGAGCAAGGAGCUUUGUGGUUUAGAUAAUUUGUAACUAACUGCAAAUACAAUUCCAUAAAAAGAUAUAUUAUUUUUUGUUACUACUAUCAUGUGCUAUAUUUUUAUUCUAUACAAUGAAUCUUCAGGGGUUUUGUUCUGUACAUAUUUAAAAAAACCUAAACAUGUAAAUAUUUUUGUACUUUUCAGUUAUUUGGUAUAAUUCUUGCACAGAAAUUAUCCCCUCCCCCCAUUUUUCAGUUCUGUGCAUGCACUACUAAAACAGAUUUUUAAAUUUUUUUCAACUACACACAGCUGUUAUCCUGAGUUUUUUUAUUUUCACUUGUUAGCUCUUGAUUUUGUUUUUCAGGGAUUGAACACUAUUGUUAGCAAGUGCCUAAAAGAUGUGAAGCAGUUUACAUUAUGUCAACUGUGUAACCAUAGGUCCACAUAGGGCCACUUCCCCAAUAGUUUCAUUUGAACAAAGCCAUAUGUGAAUGCUUUAAGCUAUAUUGCUAUGCACAUGACACUUGUACUAUUUCUGUGCAGUUUGUCUACUUUCUUAGUGAAGUAUUUUUCAUAUAAAUUAAUAAAACAUGUUACGAUUGUGUUAAUAUGGUGAGCCUGAGAAUGGAAUCAGUUGAAAAUAUACAGUAUAUAUAUAUUCAUAAUGUAUAUGGUGUUUAAAAAUGGUGAACAUUCCUAAUCUGUAUUGACUCUGUCACAAUUAAAUUUGCUAUAACUUGUGUUUACAGAAUAUGACUGUGAGCAUUUAUAGAAAAUAUUUCUAUUUUGUUUUAUACUAUGUCUGCCACAAACCUUCUAGGAAGGCCAGGAUAUGGUCAAGUGCAGAGCAGCAUUUCAGACCUAUAACUGCAUUAUAGGUUUAUUCCAGGUGGAUGUAAUUUGUCCCCAUAAUGACUAAAUAGUAUUUUCUACUAUUGCUUAUUCAGAUUAACUGCCUUUUAGGGUACCAGGGGUUUUGCAAAGCCAAGGCUUAAUUUCUUCCUCCCUUGUUUUAUUGGCCAGUAGGGUAAUAUUCCUAGGAGCCUCCUUCCUUCCUACUUACAGUUUUAGGGAUAACGAUGAAGGAAGAAUAUGCUAUGCAUUUCUUAAUGUUUAUGUGAGGGUACAUAAACAAAAGACCUUAUAUUUUCCAUAGUGACUGAGACCAUACAAAUGAAGGUCCUUAUUAUCCACAGUAAUUAUGUUUAGAGACUUUGUCCUCCAGAUUCCUGAUGAACCAGUGGGAGUGCACUUACCAUAUGGCACCUUUGACCCAAGUACUGAAAUACUGCAUUUUAGAUGUGUUAAGUCAGUUUCUGAAGUACUGAUGGAAAAACUGUUAAGAUUAAAUACUGGACUUGGAGAGGACUGAGGCAUUUAAAUCUCUGAGAUUUUAGAUUGUAUGCAAGCUUGAGGGUAGUCUUAUGUGACUAUAUCCAUUAGGUGAAAGUGAAGUCACCAUUAGGUGACUUGCUACCAAUUAAACCAUUAGGAGACUUUUAUGGAUGUCACUGGUAACAGAAUUUGACUUACAUUUUAAACAUUUUAAACUAUUUAAAAAAAAAAAAUCAGUAACUAAAUGUAUUCAUUUUUUUUUUCUUCAUGUGUUGUUUGGCAGGAAGGUGCACACUGGCCUCAUAGUUAUUGAGUAACAUGGGGGUGAACUGAAGUACUAGAGACAGUCAAGAAGGCAGCAUAGUUGGGUGAACUAACACACAGUUGGUGUGUGCUGUGUCAAAAUUGGAUCAUUUUGUGCUGCACAAUGGCCUUGAGCUUUGACAUGAAUUUGGCUAGGAAUUUCGAAGAAGACUAAUGGUGAGGAAGCACAUUAGAAAGAAACAGCAUUAGGAAAGAACAAAAAUGUGUUAAGCUUUUGGACUGGAAGGUUCUAUUUGCUGCAUCAGCUUGCUGUCCUAUAAACCCUGAAAUUGAACUGCUAAAUUGUGGACUUUGCCUUUGGCAGAAUUUUUUUGAGGUUUGUUGCUAAAACCUGCUAGAUGCAGCUUCACCAAGCAUGAUCAAUUUUUGUUCACAGUUAGCAUUGAGGUGAAAGUUCUGUAGAGUUGGGUUUUUCUCUAUCAGUGAAUCCUGAGAGACAACUGUCAUAGGAAUUUUUUUCCCCUCCAACUUAUUUCGCUAUGAGUUGGGUAACUAUGAAACAGAACAUUGUAAAGCUAGGAAAUGUUGAAAUAAGGUUGCUUUAUACAGUCUUAAUUAAUUGUCGUGUGUCACCUUUAUCCAUGGACAUCCAUCUCAUUCAGUACUGAGAAUUGUUGCUCCCUCUUCAACAGUGAUUUUGUGAUUUUUGUUUCCCCACCCUUAUGUCCUGCUAUAAUUUAGCAUACAUUGUUCAAGUACUGUUCUGAAUAUAGAAUUAUUUUUUUCUUAUGAGCUUGUCCAUAAUGCUUUGUUUGAUGUCCUGAGUUUGGCACUGCUACAGAUCAGAUGCCAGGGAUUUGCAAGUGAGACAUCCAUGAAAUUAAGAUGACAAUUAAUGAUCAUUAGGAGAAAGUUUGACUUGAUACGACCAGCAUCACAGUGGAUAGUGCAGUAAAAGGUGUGGGGACAAUAUACAGUUCUCCAAUGAAUGGCUUGACUGCUUUAGCAAUGUGCUUUAACAAUGCUUUAUAUGCUGUCUUUUUAAUGCCUGACUCCUGCAAGGUUUAUUCAUACAUUUAUCAGCAUCUUCCAUAAAUGGGAAAGGUAUCUUAAAAAUAUCCUACCAAAGAGUGUCUUUCAUUACAGACAUAUGUAUCAUGUGAAACAUAUAAAUCCACAUGGAAAAAUAGCCAAUGAUCAUAUAUUUAAUGCUUGUAUGGUAAUGGAUAUAUCUGAUGUGAUAAAUUAAGAUUGAACAGGUAAUCUGAUUUCAAGGGCAUCUUAAUCUUGAGUGCUUGAUUUUGGAGCCAUAACAUUUUAAGAUAGCUUGUGACUUUGUGCAUAUAGCAGGAUAAUAAAAUCUUAGGUUGGUUACAGAGUUUUGGGACAUACUGAAAUAGGUGCAAGUCCAGCAUCAACACGUGUUUUUCCUCUAAGAAAAUGUUUUGUAAAUACAU